AUGCGACGUCAUUUGUUUGAUAUGUUAUCUCGAGGUGUAUUAGAACUUUUCCCAUCAACUAACACCGCAAGAAGAGCUGGCCAGCCACCAGCAAAUUUGUUCCUUAAUAUACUAGCAAAGAAAGAAAAAUGUAAAAUUAAGGAUGCCGAAAAGAAAAGAAACAAAAGGUCUCAAAAGACACAGUCUCAAGAAACUGAAAGUCAAAACGUUAAUUACAAGAAAAUCAUUGAAUACCCCACAUUUACAGAUAAUACGCAGAUAUUUGAAAGUCCUACGUCUACAAGUAGUACGCAGAUAUCUGAAAGUCCAGCGUUUACAGAAAAACCAAUUCCUACAUUAAGACAUGCCAACGACGAACAUACUGGGUCCGGCCAAGCCAAACGUAGAAGAAAAAAUACUGAUUACACACAGACUAAGCAAAUACGAAAUACUGAGAGCCACAGGGCCACUCGUCAGAUUCCCGUCAUUAUACAGGCAGAGCAACAACGCAACACGCAGGCUCAUCGUUUAGCUCGUGAAAACCCUAUCUUCCGGGAUACAGAACAGCAGCGAGACACGCAGGCUCACCGUGAAGCUCGAGAAAACCCUAUCUUCCGGGAUACAGAACAGCAGCGAAAUACGCAUGCUCACCGCAUAGCUCGGAAAAAGCCAGUCUUCCGUGAUAUAGAGCAACGGCGUGAUACCCAGGCUCGCCAAAUAGCUCGCGAAGAUCCACAUUAUUCACAAAUUGAACGAGCUAGGGACACCAGAGCUCGACAAUCGGCGCGUUGUAAUUCUAUUAAUGAUUGGCAUAAUGUUAAACGAAAAUAUUUUGAUAACACCAAGGAAGGAUACAAUCAUCCUUGUUCAUGUUGUGGUAGAUUAUGGCACAAAAAUUCUGUAAGGAAACUAAUAAAGCAUUCUAUUUCGACUAAAUAUAAUGCAGAAUUCGCGUUAAGUGUAUUUAAUUUAAAUCCUUGUGAUGAAUCUGCUGAGUUUUGCUGUACGUGUGCUAAAUAUAUAACUCAAGGGCGAAUGCCACGAUUGGCAAUAGCUAAUGGAUUGAAGUUUCCAGAUAUUCCGGAUGUUUUGAAUGAAUUAACUUCAAUGGAGGAGAGAUUACAUAGAGGAUCGCCUCAUGCUCAUAUGAUGUUAUGGUUAGACGAAGCGCCCACUUUUGAACCCGGUGAUACAGCAUCUGCUCGUGAUAUUUCCAAAUUUGUUGACAAUAUUAUUUCCUGUAACAGCACUGAAGUACCUGAUAAACUUAGACGUCUACAACUACAUAAACAUACACAUACAUGCCGGCCAACACCAGAUAGACUGUGUCGCUUUGAAAUGCCAUUUUUCCCCAUGGAUAAAACAAAAGUAUUAAUAGAACUUUCAAAAGACGAUUUAGAGUUCAAAAAGUCAAAACAAUUGGCAAAAGACAUCUGCCAAAAAAUACAAAAUAUUCCUGCAGGAAUAUACACUUUCGUUGAUUUUUUGGACUGGAUUAGAGUUAGUUAUGAAGAUUACAUAUUGGCUAUUAGAAGCACCUUAAAACGACCUACGGUAGUCCUUCAACGCAGACCUCAGGAUGUAUUUAUUAAUCCUUUUAGUAAAAAAAUCUUAGCUUUGCACAAAGCAAACAUGGACAUCCAAUUCAUAUUAGACCCGUUUGCGUGCGCAGUAUAUAUUGUUGACUAUAUUAACAAGGCUGACCGAGGGAUGUCUCGUCUUUUGCGUGAAGCUUUGGACGAAGCUAAAAAAGAAAAUAAAAGUGUUAAAGAUUCAUUAAGAAUAGUAUCUAAUAUAUUCUUAAAUUCUAGUGAGAUCUCUGCUCAAGAGGCAAUCUAUGUACUGACUGGUUUACCAUUGUCACGAGCUAGUGAAGCUGCAAUGUACAUAAACACUAGUUUGCCACAAGAGCGAGUGCAUAUUUUAAAAAGUUACCUUGAAUUGCAAAGCCUCGAACCUGAUUCUUCCGAUAUAUUCCAAAGGCAUUAA